UGAAACUAAUUCGAUGUAUAUUUAUUGCAGGUUGGUCAGGUUUGAAGUGAGAUACAAGGCAACAGUGCUCCAGGAUCAAGCUGAUAGAUUCAAGGACGAUAAACAAAAUGGGAUCAUCACAAUCACAAACAAAGAAGCAACAAUCAAGUCCAGAACUGCAGACACCAUGGAGGCUAUUUGACUGGAGACAAAAUGAAGCCCUGAGAAAAUGGCUGGAAAACUUCACUUUGAGUGUUCCAAAUGUAAAAGACAUCAAGAUACUGGUAGUUGGACCAUCAGGAGCGGGAAAGUCCAGCUUUAUAAACUCCAUCAACAGUGUCUUUCAAAGACGGAUCUCCUCUAAAGCACUAGUUAACUCAGCUGAAGGAGGAAACAGUAAUAGAUUUACACAAAAGCUCAAAGGAUUCACCAUCAAAAAUGGGAAAACAUCUUUGCCCUUUGUCUUCUACGACAUCAUGGGUUUAGAAUAUGAAGAAUUUCAUGGAUCAAAAACAGAUGACAUCAUCAAAGCUGUGUUUGGCCAUGUGAAAGAUGGCUAUAAAUUUAACGAGGAGCAGUCAAUCGACUAUAAGGAUCUACAUUACACCAGAGACCCCAGCCUCUCCGACCAGUGUUUCUGUGUGGUUUACGUCCUAGAUGGAAAUAUAGUUCAGUACACAGAUGGUCGACUGAUUAAAAAGAUGAAUGUCAUCCGCAAGAGUAUCAGUGAUAAGGGCAUUGCUCAAGUGGUUGUCAUGACCAAAGUGGAUGAAGCAUGUCCUCUGGUCAAAAAAGAUCUAAGAAAGGUCUACACGAGCAAGAAGAUCAAAGAGAAGAUGGAGCUGUGCAGUGCCAACACUGGUGUGCCGAUGUCAAACAUCUUCCCAGUGAAGAACUACCAUGACGAGAUCGACACAAACGAUAAUGUUGAUGUUCUGAUACUGAAGGCUCUUGAACAGAUUGUUUACAAUGCCAAUGACAGAUUGGAGGAUAAUGAAACCUACUGAAACGCUGGAGUACCCAUCAGACUCACUAAAGGGCACUUCGGCUAUAUGUACUCUCCACCAGGCAUUCUCCCUGACUACACAUCCCAUUAGACUUUCAGAUUUCAAUUAUUCAGACUUUAAAUACCUGCUACAGCUGAUAUCAAUCUGGACAUUGACAUUUACACCGACCGCACACACCAUACAGUAUAAGCACCACGUUCACACUCAGUCUUGUAUUUUUGUGCAAGUGUUUUCCUGGUUCGUUUCUUUUUAUGGGU